GAGUGUGGUUACCACGGCGUCGUUUCCUUCUCAAAAACUCUGUAAUAAACAAACGAGAACACAAUAGAGCAUUACCUCUUUCUCUCCUAUUUUCCACCUAACUCUUUGAUUCCUUUCCUUCAUCUUUUUCUUACUCUUCUCUCUUCUUCGUCCUUCUCCUCUCUUCGGCCUCAUCUCUUCAGGUGACUUUACAUUGCAAUAAUAAUGGGGAGUUUCUUCAGAGGCCUAAAUGAGGAUUCAGUUACUUCUCCACUAGACAUUCUUAGAUGUCCAUUUUUGAGGAACAUUAAUGAGCCCACUAAUUUCUCCUUCGCAUCAUCCUUGCCGUUCCCCAUGCCAGUUCGCGCAGCCAAAGGUCCAAUUUUUGAGGAUGGUCCAAAUUUUGAUAUGGCUUUCAGGCUUUUUCAUGGGCGUGAUGGAGUAGUCCCGCUUUCUGAAAGAUCAUUUGUGCAUCGUGGGGCAGCAGAACCUGAGUUAGCCCCACCACGGUUCAAUCCUUUAGCUGCUAAAGCAGCCACUAUCAGUUUUUCAUCCUUUGGACCUGGAGGACCUUUCAGUUUCGAUUCAUUUUCAGAGAAGUGGAAGAAUCAAAAAAGAAAAUCAGAAUCGUCCAAAAAAGAGUCUAAUUCACAGGGAGGAAAAUCUAAUCAUGAGGCUAUGAGCAAUGACUGGCUACAAAAUGGGAACUGUCCAAUUGCAAAGUCAUAUCGUGCAGUCAGCGGUGUCCUACCACUUGUUGCAAAGGUUUUUCAGCCUCCUCCUGGCAUGCAAUAUAGGUGCCCACCAGCAGUAGUUGCAGCCCGAGCUGCUAUAGCACGAACUGCUUUUGCAAAGAACCUUCGCCCUCAACCCUUGCCUGCAAAAGUACUUGUGAUUGGGAUGUUGGGUAUGGCGGCAAAUGUCCCCUUAGGUGUAUGGAGGGAACAUACUAAAAAGUUUUCACCAUCCUGGUUUGUUGCUGUCCAUGCAGCUGUUCCAUUCAUAGGAAUGCUCAGAAAGUCUGUGUUGAUGCCGAAGACUGCUAUGGCAUUUACCAUUGCAGCAUCUAUAUUGGGACAAGUCAUUGGUUCUAGGGCAGAACGAUACCGUUUGAAGGCAGUAACUGAGAAAAGACUGGCUAUUGAAGAGAAUUCUGUUGGUAAUACAAGUCAGUUACAGGUUGUUGCAGUUAAAGGUGGGCAUUGUGGCAGUCCCAUGGAAUGGAAUUCAGCUCCUCUUCAGGUGGCCAGAUCUUCUACUUCUGCGGACGUUUUCUGCUGAUUUUACAUCAGAUCAGUGAUAAUUGAUCAAAUUGUAUGUUUGUGUCCCAUAUUUUGUGUUUGUAAUUGCCCCUGCCUUAUAGCAGACCUGUUUUUGGCUAUUGAGGAAAUAAUAAGAGGUGAAAAAUGAAAAUGAUUGAUUUUUAAGUAUCUGUAUAAGCAUUGUUCAAGUGUUAUUUCCUUUUAUGUAAGAGACAUCCUUUUGGGACGUGGAAUUAAGAAUAAAAGAUGAUUUUUUAAGUAAA